UUUUUACAAAUUGACGAUGCAUGAAAAGUGCGAGAUUAGAUUUCGAUGAGUGUGGAAUUUCAGGCUUUGAACUUCAACUUGAACGACAGGAUUUUACCCGUUUUCUUUGAGUAAACCACAUCUAUUUUACUCAAAAUGGUUCGAGCCUGGCACAUGGAUGAUUCUAACGUGGAUCAGCGCGAGCCGCAUCAACUGGACCCGCCGCAGUUCGUUGAUUUCGACUACCUGAAAACGCUGGGUGUUCUUUAUUGGAAGGUUGAUGCAGACAAUCUGGAAGGCGAAGGACUGUUGGCUAAAGUCCGAAAGGAGCGCAACUACAACUACGAGGACAUCAUCACGGUGUCCAAGGAAAGCCUCCCAAACUAUGACGAAAAGCUGAAGAGUUUCUUCCAGGAGCACAUGCAUUCGGACGAGGAGAUCCGCUUGGCCCUUGAGGGCAGUGGGUACUUUGACGUGCGUAACAAGGAGGAUAAGUGGAUACGAAUUGAGCUGGAGAAGGGGGACCUAAUCACGCUGCCGGCCGGCAUCUACCACCGCUUCACCCUGGAUACCAAGAAUUACAUCAAAGCCAUGCGUUUGUUUGUCGGCGAGCCAGUGUGGACUCCAAUUAAUCGGCCUGCUGAUGACCACAAUGCGCGUAUUGAGUACGUCAACAAUUUCGGCCAGUAAGCACCGAUCACAUGGUAUGCUAAAACGUCAACGACCUUUGACCUUUGACCAUUGAGGAGGAACAAACUCAUCCCUUUAAAGUGUGGUGCCAAUUUUAAACAUUAACGACGAUGAUUUUAGGUAUUUUUAAAAGCAGGUAGUGGUUUUUGUAUUUUGCGUUUACACAUGUUAUAACAUUGUAUACAUUUUCAUAUGUUUGUGGUGGGAUUGGUUUUGUUGAAAUUCUAAAAAAUGAUGAUUUUUCUGUUUUAUGUGAUCACUUAGAAAGUGUACUCUGAAAUAUCAUACAAGAAUAAUAGGAAAAAACUUUGUUUUUGCUAAUUUUGAAGAGUUAAAAUAUAACUGGGAAAGGUUAUCUUCAUACUAUGUAUUUGUAGUAAAAUUGCAUGCACUGCCUUUCGCUUUAAAGUGUCUCUUUCAAAUUGAAUCAAUUUGUCUUGUAAAUAUUCUUCUCAGGACUGAUUCCGAACAGUGUUCGAUUCAGGCAAUUCACAAUGCAGAGCGCCACCAAGAGUUGGCCACGGAGAGUCAAUUUUUCAAUUUUACGGCCAACAAAACAUGGCCCAUUUGAAUGAGUGUCAGACUACAAGAACUAAUUUGUUAUAGAUGUAAGGAGGCAUAGCGUUUUGCCGCCUCACCAAAAAAAA